AUUCAUUACCAACAAGAAAAAAAUGAAGAUCUUCAACUGGGUUCACCGAAGGUUCAAUAACAAAGCGGAAAAUGUGAAGAAAAACAGCGACAUUGCCACGACGGAUGAGCAGCAAUUUGUGGGGGAAAACGAAUGCGACGUCGUUUUGGAGAGCUGGAGAGGUGGGAUUCUUGCCAUAGGAACAUUCGGCUACGAUCCGUUAAAGCAUAAAAAUCAACAUCUUACUGAAGCUUACUUUUCCGAGGAUGUUGAUGAUGAUGAUGAUGAUGGUGAUAAUGAUGGUGAUGAUUCCUCCUCCCUCAUAGAUCAACGUGGCGGCAAUCCGUUGGCUCUGACGGAAAAUGUGGAGGAGGAGGAGGAGGAUGGUGAGCUUGAGUUUGGGUUUGAAUAUGUAAUGAUGAAGAAGAAGGAGAGGACUACUCUGGCAGAUUUGUUCGUUGCGGACUGCGAUGAGGAUGAAUGCGGCAUUGCCAAGAGCAAGUCCCACCAUUUACUGACACAGAAAUCGAGUCGGAAGCAUACGCCCUCCUUUGGCCGCACUGCUCGCCCCAUCCACAAACUCAACAAACUGAUGCGGAGAAUGUUGACAAGAAAGAUCCAUCCUGAAUUAGUAGGACCCACCAAUCCUAAACUACAGGCCUUGGACAAUUAUGAUUAUAAUUAUAAUUACUCUUAUAAUUAUGCUAAUAAGACCCGGGAGACUGACGACUACGCCUCGCUUCUGCCCACUAAAGACAUCAAUAUAUGAUGAUUACAUCAUGAAUAAUGUAUGUGAGGCAAGGUGCGGCCAUGAAGAAUCCUUGGCUCUUUUUAUCAGAUGCAAUGCAAGUGUUUGUACUCUCGGAUGAUGAACAUUUAAUUGUUUGAUUAUGCGUGUUUGUAUUCUGCUAUCUCUGUGCACGUACGAUUCCAUUAGCUUUGGACUGCUAUUAUUCAAGUUGAGGUUCCCAUUUUCAACGUUUUGCUUCACUCUGCCUACAUCCACCCACCCUCAUAAGUUGGAUGAAAUCAAGUAAAAA